UCAUAAGAACUUGAAUCUGGGUUAGGCCGUGCGAGUAUCGGGCUCUAGUAGACAUUUUUAUUUUCUCCAUUAGCAAGAGUCGAGAGUCGAGACUAGCUAAAACUUGAAACUUUGGAAGACCGUCGAACGCAACGCACCUCCUCUUUGCGCGGCCGCAAAACCCAAUUAAAACCACCCAGAAAUUACACAACUUCAUCAAAAUUUACCCCUGAAAAACACCCACAAAAACUCUUUAGAUUGUAAGAGAGAGAUUGAGAAAAAGAAGAAGAGAGAAUCAAUGGGAAAACAAAAGGGUGAAAGUGCCAGAACUAAAGCUCGAGCUUCCAGUAGCAGUCUCGCCGCAUCGUUGGUGCCAGUUGGUGCUGCCCCAGUUGGGUUUGGAGGUUAUGUGGGUAGGGCUCGGGUUGAUUCUGGUCUUCAGGGGGAUGAAUCCACCUCUUUUGCGGGUAUUGAUGGCGAAAUGGCGCAAUAUUUGAAAAGGCUUGCUAGAAAGGAUCCUAUAACUAAGCUUAAAGCUUUAAAUGCUUUAUCAACUCUACUGAAGGAUAAGUCUGGGAAGGAUGUCUUGCCCAUAAUUCCCCAAUGGGGUUUUGAAUACAGGAGGCUUUUGAUGGAUUACAACAGAGAUGUUCGGCGGGCGACUCAUGACACAAUGACAAGUCUUGUUGCUGCUGCUGGACGGGAUUUGGCUCUUCAUCUUAAGUCUCUAAUGGGACCUUGGUGGUUUGCCCAGUUUGAUUCAGUUUCUGAAGUUUCUCAAGCAGCUAAGCGAUCACUAGAGGCUGCCUUUCCAACCCAGGAAAAAAGACUAGAUGCACUGAUAUUUUGUGCAUCAGAGGUAUUUGAGUACUUGGAAGAAAAUUUGAAACUUACACAAAAGAGUAUGGCUGAUCUUGCUGCUGCUUCAGAUGAAUUGGCGGAAAUGCACCAAAGGGUUAUUUCGUCGUCAUUACUUGCUCUCGCUACGCUGCUUGAUGUAUUGAUUGGCUUGAAGUCAGAGAAACCUGCCAAUGAAGACUCAAAGAUUCAAUCAAUAAAGGUUUCAAAAGCUGAAGAUUUGGCUAUAUCUUCUGCCAAAUCUUUGUUCUUGUCACAUCACUAUUACCUAGACUUUCUUGGAUCCGAGAGCCCUGUUGUUCGGUCAGCUACUUAUGCAGUGCUCAGAAGUUACGUCAAGAAUAUUUGUGAAGUAUUUAGUGAAGAAGAUGUGAAAGGUCUCGCCACUGCAAUACUUGGUGCCUUCCAAGAAAAGGACCCAUCUUGUCACACUGCAUUGUGGGAAACAUUUUUGCUAUUUUCUAGAAGAUUUUCUGGUAGUUGGUCAUAUAUAAACUUUCAGAAAACAUUUGUAAAUCGCUUUUUGCAGUUCCUGAAGAAUGGGUGCUUUGGAUCACAGCAGGUGUCAUAUCCUGCUUUGGUUGUACUCCUAGAUGCUUUGCCCCCCGAAGUAGUUGGGGGUCUGAAGUUUUUUGUUGACUUCUUCCAGCACCUUUGGGCAGGAAGGAAUGCAUCGCAUCCUAGUAAUGCUGAUCGUAUGGCAUUCUUUGUGGCCCUUAAAGAAUGUUUCCUUUGGGUCUUACAUAAUCGUGGAAGAUAUUGUAGUGGAGAAGCAGGAAGUUACAAUUUCUGCAUGUCUCUUGUUGAUAAUGUCCUUGUAAAGCUUCUGUGGCGCGAUUUUCUGUUUUACUCUGACGCAAGGCAUGAAGACUUGAGCAGUUCAAGUAAUAAUAAUGAUGCUAUUUUAGAGACCUCCAAAUUGUUAGGCAAUAAUCUACCAGAGAUUAAACAAGGGCAGUUGCAUGACCUGGGGAGAUGUAUGAUUGAUGUCCUUUCUGCUAUAUACUCUAUGGAAUGCAAACUGCUCACACCAUUUUGUGAAGCAUUUCAAGACUGCUGUCUUGAGACUCUUCAGCAAGCAGAACAUCUAAAGGGAGCUUCUGGUAAUAUAGGACAAGCCAUAAAAUUCAUAGUGCUGGUAGAGAAGUAUACACAUUUAGAAUCUGAAAGUUGGGCAUUGGAUUAUCUGGUUGGACCAAUGCUGGAAAGGUCUCUUCCAUUGAUUAUAUCCCAUGACUCACCUGAGGUAAUUAGAUUUUUAUCAGUUGUGGUUUCUAUUUUUGGACCACGAGAGAUAGUUCUGAGACUCGUCCCAACUGAGGAAAUUACAGAUGGCAGUGCCAUGGAGGUUGAUAGAGAAGUAAGCAAGUUUCUGGAGGUUUUUGAAGAAACAUUUGUCUCUUGGUGUUUUAGUGGAAGUGACAGCUCCAUGAAUGCUCGCUUGGAUCUUUUGCUUGCAUUACUGUGUGAUGAAUGUUUUGAUAAGCAGUGGAAUAUCAUCAUCUCAUAUGCUGUCAACAUGUGCCGUUCUGAAACAUCUCAUAUCCGGAGAUUGGCAGUGCUUAUUGAGAAAGCUAGGAAGUUGAUGAAGAGGAAGUCAAAGCUUCAUGAUGAUAAGAUCUCUCAAACUGCUUGCUGGCAACAUGAACUGUUAGAUUCAAUUGCUGUUUCUAUGAUGCGGAGUGCUUCUCAACUUACAGAUUCUGAUUUGCACUUCUUACGAGCUGUACUUGGUGGCAUAUCAGAAGAUGACGAUAGAUCUUUUCUGUCUAAGAGCGCUGUCAUACAGAUAUACACAGAAGCAUUUGGAAAGCUUGUGGCUUUCGUUAUGGAGUCUCAUUUUGCUUGCAUCAAGACUUUUGGUUCUUUAUCAUGUUCUCUCGUGAAGUUCGCUACAUCAGAGAUUCCAAAAUCUGCAGAUGUGGCUAGGAUGGCUUACAGUUCUCUUGAAGUUCUCAGCAGAACCCUUUUUAGCUUAAAAUCAUAUUGUGAGGAUAGUGAGUUGCUUCCUGGUAUUGGAGGACUUUUAUUUAUAAUUGAUUGGGAAUUUAAUCUGUUGAGAGCAUCAGAUGCUAAGUUCAAUGAUACCUCAGUGGGAGGUGUUAUGACCAGGCAAGAGUUUGGUAAAGCUAUGCAUGCUUGCCAUACUAGUAUGACCAAACAAUUCUGGAGAAGCCUUCUGUUGCAAAAUCGGGUGAUGCUUGGAAGUCUUUUAAUACAAUUUAUUAGGUCUGCCAUAUUUGGUCAAGAUGCAUUUGAUUCUGGCAUGAUUACAUCUAAAUGCUGCAAAUGGAUGAUUGAAGUUAGCGAUCAUCUCUGCCUGAACCCGUUGGAGGAGCAAAAGUUAAUAGAUCUACUUCUGUGCAUUGAUGAUUUAUGGCCUUUGUGGAUCACUCCAGAUAACAAAAAUAGUGAGCUAAAAUAUACCUUCAAAGCUGAGCAGGUUUUAACUGAUGUGCAUGUUUCGCAGAGCCAGCUGUUUGUUGCUCUAGUUGACAAGCUAAUCUCAGAAAUGGGUAUCAACCGAGUGAUUGUUGGCUCCAAUGGAGAAGCUUUAGCUGUAAACGAUUCUCAGUCUGAGUAUUCUCGAGCUUGGGUUGUUGCAGAGAUGCUCUGCACUUGGAAGUGGUGUAGCGGCAGUGCUUUAGGCACUCUUUUGCCUUCUUUAAGUUCCUAUGCUAAAAGUGAAAGUGGUGGUAACCUAAGUUGUUUAUUUGAAUCUAUCAUAAACGCUUUGCUUGAGGGUGCUCUUGUUUGUGGAACAAAGAGUCAGUUGAUUUUUUUCAAUACAUGGCCACCUUCAAGUAAAGAUCUUGAUGAUAUUGUAGAGCCUUUCUUGAGAGCUCUGGUGUGUUUGCUUUCUACUUUAUUAAAAGAAGGCAUAUGGAACUAUGAAGAAGCUAGCAAGCUUUGGGAAUUGCUUCUAAAUAAGCUUUACAUAGGUCAAGAAACAGACUUGAAUUGUUUGAGGAUUCUUCCACCCCUUGUUUCUGUUCUUGCACACUUCUUGUGCGUAAACAAAGAAUCCAGUGAUUUGGUUAAACAUCCAUUGACUGAUUCUUUAAGAGCAACUAUUGUUGGGGACUGGCUUGAGAAGACUCUGACAUUUCCACCCUUGAUAUCAUGGACAUCUGGUGAAGAGAUGGAAGAAUGGUUUCAGUUGGCUCUGUCAUAUUAUCCUUUAAUUACAACAGCUGAUAUAGGUCAUGUGAAACCGAAUUCAAGUUCAUUAGAGCAAAAACUUUUACUUGAUGUGUUCCGUAAGCAAAGAUGUGAUGGUAAUUCACUGAUUAUCACUAAUAAUCUCCCAGUUGUGUCACUAUUGCUAUCUCGCUUGAUCGUUAUUGCAGUAGGGUACUGUUGGGAGGAAUUCCAUGAAGAAGACUGGAAUUUUGUAUUGUCGCACUUGAGGUGUUGGAUUGAGUUAGUAGUUACGACAAUGGAAGAAGCUGCUGAAUGCUUGGAUCUUGAAACUGGAAUUACAUCUGGUGAUAACUUGGAUUCUGUGAUAAGCAAGGUUAAGCAGAUCAUGCUGAAACUGGAUUCAUCUCUUAUGAAUAUUGCAACUAAUGCCCUUUUUGCAUUUUCGUUAGUCAUGGAGCUUGUUGGAGGUUAUUCAUUGGACAAAGCUGAAAAAUCAAUAGUCUUAAGGACAGAAGCAUGCCAUCAUACUAUUGAUCUGGUCCAGGAGGGUAUUCUGCGAAUAAUUUUUUCAGUUGGUAUUGCAGAAGCUAUUUCAAGUUCUUUUUCAUGCGAGAAUUUGUCCAUCAUAGCAGGAAGUCAUCAUGUAUACCCUCGCUUUUGGAAGUUGCUAUCUUCAAUUGCUGUGAAGUCUUCAACGCAGUCCAGAGAACAAGCUUUUAAGGCAGUUGAGAUUUGGGGGCUUAGAACAGGUGCUAUUAACUCUUUGAUGGCCAUUCUAUUCUCCUCUAAACCAGUAUCUGCCUUGCAGCUUGCUUCUUUUGUUCUCCUUUCAAGUCAGCCUUACUCUAGUUGGGCAGUGAUGGAGGAUCAUGUUUCAGAUUCACUAAAUGGAAGUUCUACUAUUGAUGUCAGAUUGCAUGAUCUUGAUAUGUCUUCUGAAAAUAACCUUCCUCUGAGGAAGGAGAUACAUUUCCUGAUACACAAAUUACCACUAGAAAUAAUAGAAAUGGAUUUGGAAGCACAAGAAAGGGUGCAUGUUUUCCUUGCUUGGUGUCUAGUUUUGUGCUAUCUAGUAUCUUUACCAUCAUCGUCGUCCAACAGGGAGAAGUUAGUUCAACAGAUACAGGACUUUGCCUCUUCAGCAAUAUUGGACUGUCUUUUCCAGUAUAUUCCCUUUGAAUUAUGUACAGCGCAUUCCUUGAAGAAGAAAGACUUGCAAACGCCUCCUGAGCUGGUGAAUAUUGCAAAUGCGGCGACGCGUGCCAUCAGUACAGGGUCUAUACUCUUUGCGGUAGAAUCACUUUGGCCUAUUGGACCAGAAAAAAUGGCUUCACUUGCUGCGGCGAUAUUUGGUUUAAUGCUUCGUGUUCUCCCUGCUUAUGUUCGGGUUUGGUUCAAUAAUUUGCGUGAUCGUUCGGCAUCAUUUGCUAUUGAAUCUUUCACGAAAACAUGGUGCAGCCCGCAUUUGAUGAUAGAUGAAUUAUCUCAGAUAAAGAAAUCAGAUUUCGUAGACGAGUGUUUUUCGGUUAGUGUAAGCAAGUCAGCCAAUGAAGUGAUUGCUACCUAUACCAAGGAUGAGACUGGUAUGGAUUUGGUUAUCCGUCUUCCUGUUUCUUACCCGUUAAGGCCUGUGGAUGUGGAGUGCACGAGGAGUCUUGGCAUAAGUGAAGUAAAGCAAAGAAAAUGGUUGUUGUCCAUGAUGGCAUUUGUCCGUAAUCAGAAUGGCGCAUUAGCUGAGGCAAUACGGAUAUGGAAGAGUAAUAUUGACAAGGAAUUUGAAGGAGUUGAAGAGUGCCCUAUCUGUUACAGUGUGAUAAGUACUACAAACCACAGUCUUCCUCGCCUUGCUUGCAAGACCUGCAAGCACAAAUUCCAUGCUUCCUGCCUCUAUAAAUGGUUUUCAACUUCUCACAAGUCAAUUUGUCCACUGUGUCAGUCUCCUUUUUGAUCAACUGAGCAGUAGUUUUGAUGAAGAUUAUGAUGCUGGAUUAUCAUUAGCUUCCAUCAAUUCGAUUGAACAAAAUUAGGCGACUAAGAAAGCAGAUUGCAUCGGCUGGAGCAAUGAAGUCUUGUAUAUGAAGCAAGCAAGAGAGCUCCAUGAUCUCAUAUGUAAAUAUGCCUGUUGUUCAUGCUUCGCAAGCAUUUUGUGAGGAAUGUUCGAAGAAGCAUCACGCUUACAUGGCAAAAUUACAUGAAGGUAAUAGAUCUGAUCAUAUUGGUAUCCAUGAGCCAAACGUUUGUUUUUAAAUGUGUGUAAACUUGGCAUUCACUUCUACUUGGUUGUAUGCCAAGUUUAUAUCAUUUAUACUCUAAUACUCUUGAUUAAUUUUGCCGGGAGGACUUCCCAGUAAGCCGAAUACUUGCCUGACUUCUGGUAGCAGGAAGCUGAUUUUUGUUGUUUUUUUUAUAUAUGUAUAUAUAUAUAUAGGAGCGUAGAAAUUCUGCUUAAAUUCUUCAAGGUUUUGAAGGGAAGACAACACCUACAGCUUGGUGUUUCCAGAGGAUUAUCGGAAAAACUACUUUUGGUUUCUUUUUUGCACAUUUUAUCACAUUUGUGUGUUCACUGCCUAGUUGCAGAAUCACAUAACUUUUUUACAGCGUGUUUGUGGAUGGUAAUCGAUGACUGUAAUGGUUAUGUAUCUUAGUGUUACUAUGAAGCAAAAUUGCAUGCUUGUUAAUGGAAAUUCGACCUGAAAUA